AUGAGGAAAGUUGAAUCUGUAUGUGAUGGAAUAAGGAAGUGUUCAAAGUGUGGAAGAUCUAUGACAAAGUAUAAUUUAAAGAAUCAUCUAUGCGGAAAAAUUCAAUGUAAAACAUGUAAAGCUAUUAUUGACGAUAUCAAUAAUCAUUUAUGUUACAUGAGAAAGCCCGAUUCAAAGAAUAAACAUUUAAAUCUAACAGAAGAAGAAGAAGAAGAAGAAGAAGAAGAAAAAGAAGAGAAUGAGAAAGUGGAAGGAUAUAAUGAAUUGUUCUUCUUUGACUAUGAGGCACGACAAGAAGAUGAAGGUGUACAUAAAACUAAUUUAUGUAUUGUUCAUAAUGAGAGCGGGGAUGAGUGGAUCUUUCAAGGUGAAGAUACUAAUUCAAGAUUUUGUGAAUGGAUUUUUACAAAGGAACAUCGAGACUGUAUAUUUAUGGCACAUAAUUUCCAAGGAUAUGAUGGCUAUUUUAUUCAAAACUUUUUAAAUGAGAAUGCUGUGAAAUAUGAUAUAAUAUUACGCGAUGCAAAAAUUCUCAGUCUAACUGUUCCGAUGUUCAAUAUAAAAUUUAUAGACUCUUUAAAUUUUAUCCCUAUGUCAUUGUCAAAUUUUCCUAAAACAUUUGGAAUGAAUGAGAUGUGUAAAGGAUACUUCCCUCAUUUAUUCAAUCGAAGAGCAAAUGAAGAUUACAUUGGACCUAUACCAUGUGAAGCAUUUUAUAAUACAAAUGGAAUGAAAGAGGAAGCACGUAAUGCAUUUAUAAAAUGGCAUAAAGAGAAGAGAGAACAAAAUUAUGUUUUCAAUUUUCAAGAGGAAAUUAUAAAGUAUUGUCGUUCCGAUGUUGACAUUUUACGUCGAUGUUGUAUGGAGUUUCGUGAACUAUUUAGAAGUAUUACAGAUAUUGAUCCUUUUGAGAAGUGUUUAACUAUUGCUAGUGCGUGUAAUUUGGUUUUUCGCACUAAUUUCCUUAAGGAGGAGACUAUAGGAAUCUUUCAAAAUGACUAUCAAAUGAAAGUGAAACAAUCUAACAUGGCAUUUAAGUGGUUAUCAUAUAUAUCAGAGAAGGAAGAGAUUUUUAUUCAACAUGGAAGGAAUGGUGGGGAGAAACGUGUUAAUAAAUACUCAUUGGACGGAUAUAAUCCUGAAUUAAAUACAGUAUAUGAAUUUCAAGGAUGCAUAUGGCAUGGAUGUGAAAAAUGUUAUACUCGCGAUACAGUUAACCCUGUUAAUGGAAAAACGAUGAGUGAUCUCUUUGAGGCCACAUUAAAGAAGAAUCUCUAUCUUAAAGAGUGUGGAUAUAAUGUAAUAGAAAUGUGGGAGUGUGAUUUAAAGAGGGACUUGGAACAAGAUGAAGAGAUGCGUGUGUAUUUUGAAAAUUUUGAUCUUGUUGAUCCUCUUCAACCACGUGAUGCAUUUUAUGGAGGUCGUACGAAUGCUACAAAGUUAUUUCAUGAAUGCAAAGAUAAUGAAAAGAUUAGAUACGUUGACUUCACGAGUUUAUACCCAUGGUGCAAUAAAUCAACGAAAACAAUUGUGGGACAUCCAAUAAUUAUCACAGAAAAUUUUAGAGAUAUCUCUACAUAUUUUGGUCUUAUAAAGUGUACUGUAUUACAUCCAAGAGGUUUAUUCCACCCGGUUCUUCCAUAUCGCGUUCCUGGUAAGUUAUUGUUUCCUUUAUGCAAAGCUUGUGCCAUCUCUUUCAAUCAGAAUCCAUGUACACACUCCGAACAAGAAAGGUCUAUUCUUGGGACAUGGUGUCAUGUUGAGUUAUUGAAAGCCAUCGAGAAGGGGUAUAGAGUUUUAAAGAUACACGAGGUGUGGCAUUUUCCGAAACAGUCCGAUAAUCUAUUUAAAGAUUAUGUUAACACAUUCCUAAAGAUAAAGCAAGAAGCAAGCGGUUUCCCUAAGGAUUGUAUUACAGAAGAGCAAAAGCAAUCUUAUAUUAACAUGUAUCAAGAACAUGAAGAUAUAAAAUUAGAAAUGGAGAAGAUUGAACACAAUCCAGGUUUACGUGCUUUGGCAAAGCUAAUGUUAAACUCGUUUUGGGGUAAAUUUGCACAACGUUCAAAUGUAUCAAAGACCGAGAUGGUUACAGAACCUCAGAGAUAUUUUGAACUUCUGUCCUCUGAUCAGUAUGAAAUCCGUGAUGUAAAGAUAGUGAAUGAUAAUAUGUUAGAGGUGCAAUACAAAAACAUUGAUGAAUUUCUGGAGACUAAUAACAAGACGAACGUCGUUAUUGCGGCUUUCACCACGGCGUAUGCUCGAUUGAAAUUAUAUGAUCUUUUGGAUAUAUUAGGCGAACGUGCACUUUAUUAUGAUACCGACUCGGUUAUUUAUAUAUCCAAAGAGAAUGAAUUGGAACCUCCUUUGGGGAAUUAUUUGGGAGAUCUUACCGACGAAUUAAAUGGAAAGUAUAUUACAACCUUUAUGUCAGGAGGACCGAAGAAUUACGCCUAUUACACUAACGAUAAUAAGUCGGAGACAAAGAUUCGUGGUAUCACAUUGAAUCAUUCUGUUAACAAAAAGAUAAACCCAAGUACAGUUCGAGCUCUUGUAUAUUUACAUGCAGAAUGUAAAGUAAAGGCAAAAAUCACCGUUACUAACCCUUUCAAAAUUACAAGAGAUAAGCAAAGAAAGAACAUUGUUACCAAAGAGAUGAAAAAAGAUUAUCGUAUAAUUUACGAUAAGCGUGUCUUGAUAAAUGAUUUUAAAACAAUACCAUAUGGAUUUUAA